UCUGAGCUACCGCCCUUGCACCGUUGCAUCCACGCGCCCACACACAUAUGGUCUAUAGAGGUCGUGUGGAAGGUAGUUCUGGUGCGAUAAACCUUGCCUAAAACCAUGUCCGACGACAAUGACUGCACAGACCAAUAUGGCGUCCUGCUCUACUAUAAGUAUGCUCAAAUUCCCAACCUCGAGCACCUCCUCACUUUCUACGAGUCUAAUUGCUCCUCCCUUGGCCUCCUUGGUCGCGUUCGUCUCUCUUCCCAUGGCGUCAACGUCACUGUUGGUGGCAAGUUAUCCUCGCUAGAAAGACACAUCGAAACAGUCAAGGCUGAUAGCUUAUUUGAAGGGACUGAUUUCAAGCUUGCUGCUUGUCAUCAACCAUUAAACGACCAGGUUGCAAAAGAAUGCGGAUUUACUUCUCUCUCAGUUCGAAUUGUUAAGGAGCUGGUUACUCUUAGGUCUCAUCCCUUGCUCAAGCCACCAGAAAUCUCGAACGCUGGAAGACAUCUCUCUGCAGUUGAGUUUCAUUCUGUCCUACAGAAUGCUGUGAACGAGAGUUCAGCAGAUGGCCUUGUCUUGCUUGAUGCAAGGAAUCUUUAUGAGACAAGAAUUGGGAAAUUUCACGCACCAAAUGUUCAAACUUUGGAUCCACAAGUUAGACAAUACAGUGAUUUGCCAUCAUGGAUAGAUGGUAAUCAUGAUCAAUUGAAAGGGAAGCAAAUCCUCAUGUAUUGCACUGGCGGUAUCAGAUGUGAAAUGGCAUCAGCAUAUAUCAAGUCAAAAGGAUUGGGCUUUGAGAAUGUGUUUCAGCUAUUUGGUGGGAUACAACGAUACUUGGAGCAAUUUCCAGAUGGUGGUUUCUUUAGAGGAAAGAAUUUUGUUUUUGAUCACCGGAUAUCUGUUGGGAGCUCAGAUCCAAACGUUAUGGGUACCUGCCUUACUUGUGGGUGUUCGUUUGAUGAUUAUUCUUCACGCACCAGAUGUAAUUAUUGCAGAAUGCUUGUUUUGGUCUGCAAUAGUUGCCAGAAUGAAGCUGCACCCUGUGUUUGUGAGUUGUGCCAACAACAGGGCAAGUCUGUAAGGAUGAUGCAGCUAACCGAAAUUGGUGAAGCAGAAACACCUCUACCAGAUGUUGAGUUUCAAAACGUUCCGUUCGAUACUACCUUUUCAUCUCAAAUGCCUCAGAAAGAAGAUGUCAGGUCGGCAAGAAAACUCAGAAUCUUAUGCUUGCAUGGAUUUCGGCAGAAUGCAUCAGGUUUUAAAGGAAGAACAGCAUCACUAGCGAAGAAAAUCAAGAGAAUUGCUGACUUAUUUUUUAUCGAUGCACCUCAUGAGUUGCCAUAUAUUUAUCAACCCCCAGUGUUGGAUCAGCAUACUAAUUGUGCAUCAACUUCAUUGCCCUCAAGUCCUCCUCCUCCGGAGAACUGUAAGAAGAAAUUUGCAUGGUUUGUGGCACCCAACUUUGACAGCGGAGCUAUGGCUGAUUGGAAGGCAGCCGAUGGCCCAUUUGAUCCCCUUCAAUACCAGCAGCAAACUGAUGGAUAUGAUAUUUCACUGGCUCAUUUGAAGGCUGUAUUUGCUCAAGAAGGGCCUUUCGAUGGAAUAUUGGGAUUUUCACAGGGAGCAGCAAUGGCUGCAUUAAUCUCUGCACAAGAGAAGCUUAAAGGUGAAAUGGGCUUCAGAUUUGUAAUAUUGUGCUCAGGCUUUGUUGUCCAUAAAAAGGAGAUGGACUGCGAGUUGAUCAAAUGCCCUUCUCUUCACAUUUAUGGCAAUGAACACGGCAAAGACAGGCAGAUAGCCAACCAAGCUAGUAAGGAACUUGCUUCUCUGUAUGAUGGUAGUUCGGUUAUUGUCGAACAUGAUUGUGGUCAUAUAAUUCCUACGCGGCCUCCGUACAUUGAUGUGAUCAAGGACUUCCUAAGUCGUUUUUUGCAGUAGGUUCAAUAGGCUCUACAGUGUUUUAAUUUCUCAUCGCCCUUCCUUAUGCCACCUUCCCGAAGAAGGAAGAAUGUGUACAAUUCCGUUUUGAGGCCAAUGUCAAGAGACUGCGGGAAGAAAGUACUGGUGUUGUCACAGAAACAAGUUGCCCAGGUAAUUUUUGCUGUCAUGUAAUUGAAACCAUCAUAAUAAAUUUCUGGCAGUUGGUAAAAAUCUUGAUCCCACUUAUUGUUGUAAUUGCGUUAGAAUUUUGAGGGCAUGGACGUCAGCGUCAAUUGAGCCGUGUGUUGUAACUUAAGCUCCACCUUAGGAUUAGGGGUAACGUAUGCACAUGCCAUGUGAUCGCUUGGCGAUGAGUAAUCGAAUGGACCCGUGAGUGGGAUCCAACUACUAGUAUUGUGACGCCACAUGCCCUUGCGGAUUCCUUUCCUUCCAAGAAAGCAUUUAUCCAGACUUGCCUUCAGAAAGAAAAAAAUCUGCAUAGUGCUAGGGGUGAUGAUAUACAGUGUUAUAAUUAUUGAGAAAUAAGGAAGAAUGGUAUGGUUAGUUCCACGUCCCAUUCUCCAUUGCGUCU